CGGGGACAAUAAAUAGUAAAGUAAAUCCGUUAUAACAAGCUCAACGACCGACGAGAGAUGGCCAUUUUAAGUAAACUUCUAACCAGGGAAUUGAAAUAAAAGCAUUUAUUUCGUUCCUUUGAUGUUUGUGGUUCAAGUAUAUCGAAAACUAUAUAGUUCUAAAUAUAUAGUAGUUACUAUUUGAAAAGUCGCGACGCUCUGUGAUAUCUAUUAUAGGAAUAAGUACAUCAGUAUUUGAGGCUUUACAUAUUUAAAUUAAUACAAGCGAAUACAGAAAACAUUGAAUUACUGCUGACGACAAAGCCUGUUGUCACAACAUUUAAAAAAGAAUGAAGUUCGCUGAACAUUUGUCUGCCCACAUUACCCCUGAGUGGCGUAAGCAAUAUAUUAGCUAUGAGGAAAUGAAAGCAAUGCUCUACACAGCUGUGGAGGAAGCACCUUCUGCUGAAAGUGUAGAUCCUGAAGUCAUAUCACGACACUUUGCUUCCUUUGAUGAGGUAUUUUUUACAUUCUGUGAUUGUGAACUAAAAAAGAUCAAUACUUUUUAUUCUGAGAAGUUAGCAGAAGCAACACGGAAAUAUGCAGCACUCCAAAGUGAAUUAAAAACUGCAUUGGAAUUGCAACAGAGUGGAGGAAAGAAUAAAGGAAAGACAAAUGUUAAGCCACAUUUACCAACAAGAAAGCUUAGAGAACUGAAACUUGCCUUCUCUGAGUUUUAUUUGUCUCUAAUACUUCUUCAAAAUUACCAGAACCUUAAUUAUACUGGAUUUAGGAAAAUUCUCAAGAAACACGAUAAGUUGCUGUCUGUAGAUACUGGAUCAAAAUGGAGGGUAGAAUGCGUAGAAACAGCUCAUUUUUACACAUCCAAAGACAUAGACAAGCUAAUACAAGACACAGAAACUGCAGUAACAAACGAUUUGGAAGGUGGAGACAGGCAACGUGCCAUGAAACGAUUACGUGUACCACCUCUGGGUGAACAUCAAAGUCCAUGGACUACUUUCAAGGUUGGGUUGUUCUCGGGUAGUUUUAUUGUUCUGUUUGUAGCAGUUGUGCUCUCAGCAAUAUUUCAUGAUGGUGGGGAGAAUUUAAAAAUUGCAUUUAGAUUAUAUCGUGGACCUCUGCUCAUUAUACAAUUCUUAUUCCUCAUUGGUGUAAAUGUUUAUGGCUGGAGAUCCUCUGGUGUGAAUCAUGUACUGAUCUUCGAAUUAGACCCACGAAAUCACCUCUCUGAACAACACCUGAUGGAACUGGCAGCUGUUCUGGGAGUUGUGUGGACUCUUAGUUUAUUGAGCUUCUUGUACAGCGUCAGUUUAAGUAUUCCUCCAUACGUGAAUCCCUUAGCUUUAGUCUGCAUCAUGCUGGCGUUUCUUCUAAAUCCAUUAAAAAUGUUUCGCCACGAAGCACGGUUUUGGUUAUUAAAAAUCAUGGGCCGGGUUUUUAUAUCACCGUUCGCCUAUGUCAACUUUGCUGACUUUUGGUUGGCGGAUCAGUUAAACAGCAUGGCUACAGCGUUACUAGAUUUCCAUUUUUUAACGUGUUUUUAUAUCACUAAUGGAAAUUGGUUGGAAGCUGGCGAUACGACACAAUGCAUGUCUGGCUCCUUGAUACUUAGACCUAUUGUUAAUUGCCUACCCGCGUGGUUUCGGUUCGCACAAUGUAUCCGACGGUACCGUGAUUCCAAAGAAGCAUUUCCACAUCUGGCAAAUGCCGGAAAAUACUCAACAACGUUCCUUGUUGUAAUGUCCAACACUCUAUGCGUCUACCAUGCUGUGGAGUAUCAAAGCCGAUGGGAAAAUCCGUGGUUGUGGCUUUGGAUAAUCAGCUGUUGCAUCAAUUCCAUAUAUUCAUUCACUUGGGAUCUGAAGAUGGACUGGGGCCUUUUAGACAGUAAUGCGGGUGAAAACAAAUUUCUACGCGAAGAAGUCGUGUAUUCAGCAGCGGGAUUUUAUUAUUUCGCUAUAAUCGAGGACUUUAUCUUAAGAUUUGCGUGGAUUGCUAGUUUUGGUCUUGUUGAGAGUGGCUACGUUUCCAGCGACUUAAUGACAUCCAUUGUUGCGCCUCUUGAAGUUUUCAGGAGGUUCGUGUGGAAUUUCUUCCGAUUGGAAAACGAACAUCUGAACAACUGCGGUAAAUUCCGUGCCGUUCGCGAUAUAUCAAUAGCUCCAAUAGAAAGUUCCGAUCAGACUCAGAUUGUGCGUAUGAUGGACGACGAAAACGGCGUACUUAACAGAGGUAAACGUAAAAUAGGAGGUAAACGACAGGCGAAUAACAAAGAAGACAAGCGUGCGUUGCUCAGGGAAGAAACGAUAGAUAUAGACGUUUCGAACGCCAGUUGAAAUAGAUUUGAAAAUUUUGCAAUGGGUUCAGUAGAUGUCAGUCUUGCUUACUGAAACUAUCUACAUAUACCUCAUACUUUUAAAACA